CAAUCCUGCCACACGGUUCACUUCCAGGUUAGGCAGGCCACCGGAGAUGUUUGCCCGCAUUAAACUUGUGCAUUGAUAUAACAUCUGGAGGAUAUCCUUAACCCAACUGAACCCUGAUCAAUGAAGAUAGGAUAUCGUGUUUUGAACCAGCAACCGACCCCGAUCUUACUAAAAGCUCUUGCCAGGCCAACAAGGCCGUACCUUAUUCAGCCUUCCAAAGCAUUCACAACACUAAGCUGACUUCAGCUUCCGACAAUGGCACCCAUUGCCGUAGACGACAUCAUCGGAGCUUCGUCCGCACCAGUCAAGGAUGCUCAGCAGGUGAACGGGUCGACGAAGAAGCCCAGUAUUGCCCGGUGUGAUGCAAACGAUAGUGCCACGACGACAGAGCUCCUUGUCUCCAUCAUUGAGCGUGAUGGAGGUGUCAUCGUUGAGAACCUGAUAACCAAAGAGCUUGCAGGUCAGAUCAAGUCGGAGCUCAAGCCAUACUUCGACACAGAUAAGAAAGACCCUAGCGGCUUCUUCCCAGAGACGACUCAGAGAGCGACUGGGCUCCUGGGUCGAUCUGAUGGAUGUGUCGAAUUGGCCACGAAUGCCACAUACAUCAACGUAGCCAACAAGAUGCUGUCUUCGACAUUCACAUAUUGGUCUGGUCAAGAGCAAGAGACGGUAACGUCUAAACCUAUCAUAUCCUCAACUGUCGCAUUCCGAGUCAAUCCAGGAGGACGACAGCAGGUGUUACACCGCGACGACGGUGAUUAUCACACUCGAAAUGUUGAUAUGCCCAUGAUGUUAGGCUGUGUGACGGCUUUGACGAAGACGACGAAGGAGAAUGGUGCCACCAUCUGCAUUCCUGGCUCUCACAUGUGGGGUCCUGAUCGAUGCCCCCAUGAUGGAGAGGCUGUACCGGCAGAAUUGGAACCUGGAUCUGCUUUGAUUUUCGUGGGCAAUCUAUAUCAUGCUGGUGGGGGCAACAUCACGAAAGAUCAAGCUCGCGAGACAGUUGGCAUAUUUCUUUGCAAGGCUCACUACCGACCAGCAGAGAAUCAGAUGCUCAUGGUGCCGCCGGAGAAAGCCAAGCGUUUGCCACCGCAAGCACAACGACUUCUGGGAUACGGAAUCUCGCUUCCUGCUCUGGGAUUUAUGGAGUACCAGGAUCCAAUGCGGGUCUUGUUUGGUGUUGAAGAUGAAGAGACAGUCAAUAUGUGAGACUGGCCGUGAAUCAAGCGCGCGA